GACUGGCAAACUACAUUGUUAUUAAUCUGUUAAAGUCUAUAAUUUGGUCAUGCAGUUGUAAUUACUUUGCUGCAAACCAUUGGAGAAAUAGUUUUGAUAGAAAAUGUGUGAGACCCCAGACAGUGUGCCGGAUGUUAUGAGGUGAGUGGGUCAAAAAUAGCCGCAGCGUCGUUUGUGGAGACCCAGCCCUGCUCCUCUUGGCCCUGUCAAUCACAGCCCAAAACAAGAUGGCAGAACGGAGGAGCUGGUUCUUCUUCUUCACAGUCUGUGCUGUCAGUGUUUUGGGGGCCAAUGCAGAGUUUAAGUUCACUGUCCCUGUGGGAAAGUUAUUUACAUAUGAACUCAUGAGAGAGACUUUCCAGAGUGACUUUGAGCCAAUAUCCAAACUUUACGCUGGUAACUUGUAUGAUGACCCCAUAAUAUUCAAGUGCAAGUUACAGAAUUUUCCAGACCUCCCAGAGUGGCUAAGGUUCACCCAGAGACACCCAUACGAUAAUGGAUAUCUGUACGGUACACCCAUGGUCCCUGGUAAAAGUAUCAUUGAGGUUUGGGCAGUAAACAAAAGGAGCUACCAAACUACAAGGCAAAUUGUUGUUAUAAAAGCAGUAGAAGAGAAGAUCCUGCCCUAUCAAGCAGAGUUCUUCAUUAAACUGCGAGAGAUUGAGAAGGUGCUGCCCUCUGCUGUUCAGAGUGAGAUAAAGGCCGACCUGCAGAGACUGUGGGACACAGAGGCUUUGGAGAUAGUGAACAUGACCAAUGCCCUGGACCGAGGGGGCAGAGUACCCCUCCCUCUGGCAGGACACUUUGAAGGCGUGUAUGUCAAAGUGGGCUCGGAGCAGUAUUUUUCAGCCUGUCUCCUGAAGGUGCUGAGUCCGGACCAUUCCAGACAGUGCAGUGAAGCCGACAAAGGGGCCAAAGUCAAAGUCCCGGGAGGAUGUAACUUCUGCAGUAUCCCUAGCAACUGCAUCACCUGGUGCAAAACCCAGCUGUUUGAUCUGUCCAUCGCGACGCCUCCCCCUCCCGAACCCACCAUGGGAGCUGGGAUCCUGGAGGAGGGGGGAGACUUCGACCCCCCCGAGUCCCCUCCCAGCAGAGACUAUUUUCCAGACUACAUUGUUACUGUGAUCGUGUCCCUUAUCAUUGCCAUUGUGCUUUGUGUGCUGCUGGCCUAUGUUAUGUUCUGUAGACGAGAGGGAGUGUCCAAAAGGAACGCAAAGACAAAUGAAUUUCAGCUGUACCAUCACCACACCAUCCUCCAGGACACAGAUGAGUUGAGAAACAUGGCGGCAGAUCGCAAUGGGCCUCCGCCUCUGUCCACCAUGCCCAUGUUUAACUACCGGACGGGAGAGAGAGCGGCCCCCCUACAGUCUGACAGCAUCCCCCUCAUCCACGCCCAGCAUGAGCCCCACAGUGACCCACAGCCCAGAUAAAACUAUAUAUAUUGAUUGUACUGUUCUAAUUUGACAAAGUACAGAGUGGAAAUAAACUUUAAGCAGUAAUGACCAGAUGUGCAAUAAUACUCUAAUACUCUUGGUACUAUAGUUUUGUGUAUUUAUGCUGAAAGUAUUUGCAGUGACAGCUGUUAUGAAAGUAUUUGUGUGUUUUAAAUCAUACAUAGUUAUUACUGUUUGCGAGCUAAAUUCAAAACUGCAUAUACAUGGCUUUCAGUUUACUCUGUGGAUGCUGUAACUUGUGGUAUUUUUAUUGCAUUAACUGAACAAAAGUAAUUUAUUGUAUGUGUAAUUGUUUAAAAAAAAUAAACUGUAGUUGGUGGAUAA